AUGGAGCGGCCCCGGUACCGGGAGGCGGCCAGGGGCGGCCCCGGGGGGAGCGGGCCCGGGGGGGGCUCCAGCGCCGCCGGCAACGGGAGCUGCGGCCACCCCCCUGCUGCCACCGGCACCGGCACCGACACCGGCACCGGCACCGGGACCGGUACCGGCACGGCGGGAGGCGGCGACGAGAGCGGCGAGCGCGACCCUCCUGUCACCGGCCCCGGUGGCGACCGCGUGUCCCCACCCCCGGGCAAUGUCCCCACCCCUCGCAGUGUCCCCACCCCCGGCAAUGUCCCCAACCCCUCCGGUGUCCCCAGCCCCGGGGGUCGCUGCGGCUGCUCUCCCCCGAGCCCCUCCCGGGACCUCCCGUGCGGCCUCGGCUGCCGCCACCGGGGACCCCGGGACGGCACCGGCGACACCCGCGGGGCGCGGCGGCCACCGCGACAACGCCACGACGACCCCGGGAGGGGACAGCGGCUGUCGCUAGGGGUGGCCCGGGCGGGGGUCGCGCUCUUCCUCCUCCUCCUCCUCCUCGGGGGGCUCCGCUCCUUCCUCCGCCGCUCCCGGGACCUGCUGCGCCCGUGGCUGCGGCGGCGGGAGGAGGAGGAGGAGGAGGUGACACGUUUGGUGGCCGUGGUGGCCGAGGAGGAGCCGGAGCCGUUCCGGGGGCUCGGGGUGCAGCCCGCGGCCAGCGACACCGAGCUGAGGCGGGCGUGCCGGAGGCUGGCGCUGCUGGUGCACCCCGACAAGAGCCGCGACCCCCGGGCGGAGGCGGCGUUCCCGGUGCUGCGGGAGCGGCUGAGCAGCCCCGAGAGGCGGCGCGAGUUCCAGGCGAAGCAGCUGGUGUGGUUAGAGCUGGUGCUGGGCGCGUUCCUGGCCCGGCUGCAGGAGGAGCUCAGGGACGCCAUGGGCUGCACCCGCUGCGGGGGUGCCACAGGGCCUCCCCCAAGGGCAGCGCUCCCUCCCCCAGCGCCCCCCAGGAUUUCCUGGCCCACCUUUUCCAGGGACCCCCCCAAGGCCAGGGGGGUCCCCCCAAGGGGGACACGAAGCACAAGAGGAGGAAGAAGGGGCGGCGGCCGCAGCCGCGCUGAGGAAAAACCCCCCCAGACCCUCACCCCAAAAAACCAAGAACCUCAAAAAAAAACCCCAAAAAACCUAAAAACUCCACAAAAAAAGGGCUUGGAAUUUUUUAAAAAAUCUAUUUUUUUUUUUUGACUUUAUUUGGUUUUUUAAAAAUAAAAUCGAGUGGUGUUUUUUGUAUUUUAAAUUUAAAAAGAGGGGAGUGGAAAUUUGAGGGUCCCUAAAUCACGAUAUGGCGGCAGCACUUCCGGUCUGCGCAGGAAUAAGAUUGACGUCACUGACGCCGUUGUGGGCGCUGCCAUGUUGGUGGGUUCUAUGAGGGUGCAGAGCGCGGCGCCAUCUUGAG